ACUGUUUCGUCGCUCGAAGUUAGCCGCUUUGGGCCCAGUUUGAAACAAACUUUCGUGCGAGACAGACGUGAGGGUUGGCGCUGUGAGUUUUUCACCUGCAACUGCAACUGCAUCGGCAUCGGCUACGGCUACGGCAACGGCAAUUGAAAGCAACUGUUAGCUGCAACUUUGGCGCGACUUUUUUGCAAAGUGAACGAGGCAAACGCAAAGCGAAUUUAGAUGUGAAACAAGUGAAAAGAAAUUGAAAGAGCCAGAUUGAGGAGUGUGUGUGUGCAGCAACAGUAGCAGCAGCGACAGCGGCAGCACUGUGUUAGCCAAGUGUAACGAUACCCAAUACCUGGGCCAAAACCCAAAACAAAAACAAAUACAAUAACAAAUAAUACCGCCCAGUGGCCAGCAGUCAGCAGCCAGCCAUGUCUACGAAACUGGAGCAGCAGCACUCGAAGCCCAUACUGAGUCCAACUCGAUCCCUGGACGAAGGUUUCGAAAGUGAUCCGGAUCGGGUUUCCACCGAUUCGGAGCAUCAGACCAGUACCAGUGCUAAUACUACCAACAAUAAUAACACCACUAACAAUAACACCAACAACAACAAUGCCAGCAAGUUGGCUCAGCUCAGUUCGGCGGCCACAGGAGGCGCCUCCAAAACGGUUUCAGCCGCAGCAGCAGCCACCACUAAUGCCAGUUCUUUAUCAGCGACUGGCAAUGGACUUGCAGGUGGCAGGGGUGCACUUUCCUUGGCCGCCCCGCAAAUCCAGCGAAGGGAGUUCUUCAAGGAUCAGCCGAAGCUGCGCCACCAGGCUCCGGCUCCGCAGCAGCCGCGUCUCCAGUACCAAAAACAACGACAGCCCCUGGUCCCCAGUGCUGCGGCAAGUGUGCAUAACCAUCGUCUAACCGCAGGGAUUGUCAGUUCCGGAUCCGGAUCGGGAAAUAGCCCCGGCAACACAGCCACCAACUAUCGACGCGGACGUCGGCUCCACAUUAAUCCACAUCAUGCCACACGUAAUGGAAUGCGUUCCCACUCCGUGGAUGCCAUAUCCCGACACAAUCGCCACGGCUAUGAUCCCAGCAGCCUGAUCCUGAAGCACGACGGUAAUGGAAAUAUAAGCAGCAGCAGCAGCGCAACUGCUACCACCACCCGCAUGCUGAAUUAUAAGACCACGGCCCCAGGGAAUCCGGCUGGGAACGCAGCUGCCGGACCGGCACUGCUCGUGCAACCGAUGUCCAGUGCCACCUUGGCUCCGCUGGUGGCAGCCGGUGUGGUGGACGGUAUGGAAGGAGGCAGCUCAUCUCCGGUGAUUGCCUCGGCCACCCACAGUCUCUACACAUUUUAUCCGGCGGAGGGGAAUCUGCAGGUGUGGCAGACGGACAAUGGCGACCUCACCUACAAGUCGUCCAGGAAUAUGCAUCAACUCCACAAGGCGCCCGUGUGCUGGACUCAGUCUAUUCCCAGGCAGGCCAGAAGAUACAUAACUCCGGCAGCUGCGGCAACGGCAACAGGCACCGCGUCGAAUAAUGCAACUGGAAGUACCAGCCUGGCGGUCUAUCCCACAGCCACCGCCCAGGUUUACAGGUCCAACAACGGUCUGGAUGUCCUAGACUGCGCUGGAUUGGAGCACCACAAUACAGGCACCACCGCAUCCGGACAUUCUGGCAGCGGCUUCUCGCAACGACUCAGGGAACUGGCCGCAUCCGCGGGACUGCUCUCCCUGAAGCCACGACAGCCCCUCAAGCCGGUGAUCAAGACGCGUGGUUCUCCGGGUCCGGAAUUCCCCAAAAAGGUCACCUUCAGCGCCUUUGCCACCGUGCAAGUCGUAUGAGACAAGGCCAGAGGGGGUGAUCGGUGGGUCUAGCAUCUGUGGCAUCUGUGCAGGCGCAGAGCAAGUUUCAUCUUGCAUCUUGUUAACCGUUGUUCGUUGUUAUUUAAUAUUUGUUGCUGUUGUUAAAUGUUUAGCCAAAACUAUGGGAACGGAUAAUUAUUCCUGAAAA